AUGGCUCUCGGAGACUUCCCCAAGCUACCUGCGUCCCAGGCGGACCUGGUAAAGUACAUUGCUCAGAACCCAUCUAAGCCAAUGGUUGAAAUCAUGGAGCCAUACCGCAAGUUUGAGGCUCACUUGCGCUCUGUUUUCGCACAAGACCGACAAAACCCCAUCCUCAAUGAUCCUUACCUCAAUGUUGUGCCUCUUUUUACUGAGGAUACCAAAGAUAUCACCGUCCGUGCCCGUGACCUGGCGUCUGAGUCGGAAGAGGAAAAGUCAAAGUACAUCAUGACUUUGCCGGACGACAAGCGUCGCCCACACGGAUCCCCAGCAACUGUUGCCGAUUUGGCCGAGUUUCAAAAGAACUUUAACAUUUUCUCAGAGUCUUCUCUCGCUGAACUCGACUGGAACAACGUUGUGGCAGCUGGCUCCUCCGUUGUCAAUACGCUGCUGCCCGUUCCCAAAGAGUUCAAUACGAAUAAGAGGAAGCUCCGUGAAUAUUAUCACGAGAAGUUUUGCCCUGCUUCUGACGUCGACCUCUUCUUAUAUGGCCUCACUCAUGAAGAGGCCAUCGAAAAGAUUAAGCAGAUCGAGCAGUCAAUUCGCGAUUCCAUUUUGAGCGAAGUCACCGUUGUUCGCACAAAAUACGCCAUCACCAUUGCCAGUCAAUAUCCUGUUCGGCAUGUGCAGGUUGUUCUUCGUGUCUACAAGUCAAUCAGCGAAAUCUUGACUGGUUUUGACAUUGAUGCCGCUGGAGCUGCCUACAACGGCAAGCAAGUUUACGUGGCUCCCAGAACUCUCGGCAGCAUUAUUACUCAGAUCAACCACGUAGAUCUUACCAGACGCAGUCCCUCUUAUGAGAACCGGUUGUCCAAGUAUUCUCACCGGAAUUUCGAAGUCUACUGGCCUGAGCUUGACAGAUCACGCGUGGACCCAACAAUCUUUGAGAGAAGCUUCCAACGAACAUUGGGACUUGCCCGUCUGCUCGUUUUAGAACGCCUUCCAACGACUCAUGCCCGCGAUGCAUAUCUCAAUAAGAGACGUCAAGAGCGCGGUAGGCCCGCGUUACAGCGCAACCACUUCAGCCUCAAAGGAAACCUCAAGUCUUACCACGAAGACGAAGUAGCCGAUUGGCUCUCAGAGGAAGACAUCAGCAACUACCAUACCUUUACUGUUCCCUAUGGCGAGAAGUUCAACGCCAAGCGAAUUGAGAAGCUAUGCUACACCAGAGAUUUACUUCUCAACGCCGAAUGGAAUCAGCCAAAGGAACGUGAGGUGUAUUUGCAUCGCCACCCUGCAUUCUUCGGAAGGGUGGAGGAUGUCAUCGAAGAUUGUUGUGGUACCUGCCCUAAGCCGGUAACCCCAGAAGAAAUUGAAGCUGCCGAGAAAGAGGCGGAGAUUUACAUCUCUGGCAAGGUCACAUUCCUCAUUGACGACCCCGGCAGGCAGCAGAUCGGAUCAUUUAAUCCAUUGACGGAGCAAGACUGGACCGACAUGGCUUAUGUCGGCAACACUGCUAGACUAUUCCAAUCAAUUGCUGAAAACGAUGCCGACGACGUCUUGAAUUGGCUCUCUCAAGAAGGCGCGGAUCCGAACCAGAGGGAUUAUACAGGACGGGCACCGCUUCACCUCGCUGCCAUGGUUUCUUCUCCAGAAAUUGUUCGUCAUCUAGUUGAUCGCGGCGCUCGCCUAACCGCUCGCCUAGCGGACGGUAAAACAGCUCUCCAUCUCGCCGCCGCCAGAGGUCAUGCCGAGAUCAUCAAAAUUCUGAUGGACAAGAGUGACGAGAACGAGGAAGCUGAAGAAGACAGGAAAGACAGAAAACGCAAGGCCGCCAAAGCCCAAGACUCUGACAACAAAGAUGACUCUCAAAAGCCUUCCGAGGAAGUAGAGGAAGACUCAGAUGUUGAACUUGUGGAUAACGCCGAAACAGAGACAGAAGUGCACUCCAUCGUUACUGGAUCCUUUGUCAAGGUGGAAAAUGACAAGGAGAACAAGGAGGAGCUCGCGCUCGACGAACCUGAGGACGGACCAGACUUCUACCAGAUAAACGUUCUUGCAUGGGAUAUUCCAUGUUCUCCGCUCCAUCUUGCUAUUGCUGGAGGACAUGAGGAUGCCGUAAAGGCUCUUUGCGAUUACGGCGCCGACUCUAUUCUUCCAGUCAAAUUCAUGUCUACCCACCAUUACUCGAAUGAAGCUGCCGCUAUUCUUACCUUGACGCUUGCACUAUCGCUGCCAACAGAAAAGGCCAAGUCUAUGGCUCAGUUGCUUCUCAAACUAGGUGCAACAUGUUCCCAGGCUGACGCCGAUGGAUGCACCGUCUUUCAUCGUUAUGUCGAGAGCGGCAAUGUAGAAAUGGUUGAAACACUCAUCGACAACGACGCUAGGGGUGUUCAGGCGGCCAUCAACCAUUUAUUCUUUUCAGGCUACCAGUGGAGACCCGAUGUUAUCUCACCACUUCAAUCUGCUCUCGAGAAAGGCGAUCCUAUUCUCGUCCUCAAGGUUCUGGAUGCAGGAGCCUCGAUCGAGGUCGACUUUGAUACCUGGCUAAAGUCAGCCAAAGUGGCCCCCUCGCAGAACAAUCAAUUCGGAACCCGAAACCAAUUCGAAAACCUAGAACAGACAAAGAAGAGAUAUGAGGAAUCAGUGGAGUCGCCUUUGAUUGCGGCAAUUCGGUCAGGCGACACCAAGUCAGUGAUACAUCUUUUGGAAAAUGGGGCAAACCCCAAUGCGCUCACCCUUGAGACCCAGUACGCGUUGGUGAAUGAGUCUCAGCGCAACUGGACUAAUGCAGCCACCGCAUUAGACAUGGUUCAACGUCUUAUCAAGAAACUGCGUGAAUAUAGUGGCGAAAAAUCGACGGUUAAAGAGCCCGAGAAACAGCCAGGUAUCGACACCUACUUGGAAAAAUUUGAGCCUGGCACCUAUCAACACUGGAUAGUCUCCAACAAGGUCAGAGCAGCUCAAGCAACAUACCAAACCCAAAAGGACAAUUAUGAGAAAGGGGUGCGGAGUACCAAUGAACGCAGAGGAAAUGCUGAAAAGGAAAAGGCCAUCAAGGAUGCUAUUUCAGACCUUACCGAGGUUGAGAGCAUUCUUAUUGCCAAAGGUGGCCUUGUAUUCAAAGAGCUUCAUCCAGACGUCAAAAUGGAGAACCGCCACAACUACAGCUACAACCCUCCGGAACCCCCCAAGGUUACAGCGUUUGAGUGUAAAUUCCUGUUCAACGGGGACAACGACAUGACUGAAGGCAAAAAAGACGGUUAUCUUCAAUUGAUGCAAGCAGCCUGGACCGGGGAUAUCGAGACGAUCAAGUCCCUCACGCUUCGAGCUUGGGGCUCUAACGAUGAGCAAGCACCGCUUAUGAUGGCUAUUACUGAUGAUAGCCGCAACUCCCCAUUCUCGAUUGCCUUCCUUCGUGGCCACUAUCAAGCUGCUAAGGCCAUCUUGGAGAUUAUAAGGGCUCAGUGGACCGCGCCUGAAAAGGAAAAAGUGCGAUACAAGAUGAUUUCUCGGGAUGAAGAUGAAGCGGAUGAAGGCUCAGACGAGGAAAACGACGAGGGACAGUCGGACGAUGAACUUCGAAUUGUCUCAGAGACGAUUGACAAGGCUUUUACCAUUGAUGAUAUUGGUAAAGUUUCUAUGCAAGUCAAGUCUCACGCCAGGCCUAUCGAUGUGAUCCGAGCCCAUGCUCCACGUAUCGUCAAGAAGGAGGAUGGAUCGUCUGAACUUGGUGCUAUCACAAGUCUCUUCGUACAAGCCAUUGACGACGAGGACAUGGCUGGCCUGAAAGUCCUCCUGGGACUGGUGACUGAAUACGAACAGACGGAGACGACUGGUGAAGAUGACGAAUCUAACAAGAGGUUUAGUCUGGAUUCCGGUGACUUCCUCUGGGCGGUGCAAAGCGGAAACACGGAAGCGCUCAGUCUUCUGAUCAAGCGAACCGGCGCAGGAAUUCCCCUGGACCAUCUCGUCAAGAAGAGUGGCGCUGAGCUGAAGCAAAAGCCCCGUUUCUACCAAGGAUUGACGGUCUAUGGAAAGAAGAGAAAGGAUUGGGCACAGGCCGGCCGAAACAUGGUCGUUAGGACCACUGGGCUUCAAACCCCUCCUCUUCUGCAUGCGGCAUUGAGUGGUCGCAUUGAAGCAGUCGAGUUCUUCUUGAGCGAUAAGCCCCAUCGCCUGUACAGCGAAUUUGCCAAGUCCAAGGCCGCCGCUGAAGAUCCUAGGCUUAAACAUCUCACCUCGAGCCCAGUGGGAUUUGACCGAGCCAUAUCCAAGUGGCUUGGUGCAGACAAUGAUUUUGUGCUGCACACGGCAAUUUUGGCAACACCAUCCAAGCGGUCCAUUGAGCUGAUCAAGUACUUAAUCGAGUCCUAUCCAGAUUCGCUCGAGAAGAAGACAUCUAAUGGCGAUACGCCUCUGAUGAUUGCCUGCCGUCUCGGCUAUGUCCAGUGUGCCAAGCUCCUAAUAGGAGCAAAUGCCGACCAAGCUACUCGCAACCAUAUGGGAGAAAACAUUCUGCAUGCGGCCGUGUCCCAAAACCCGAAGGCUGGUAGCCUCCGCCGCCUCCUCGACAUCCUUGACCCUAGCCUUCGAAGCCAUCUGUUUACGGAGCGCAAAAGUCUGCAGGCAAAUGGGCUGACACCUCUGCACGCUUGGAUCUCCAAAACUUCCGGGGUGACUGAGGAGGAUCACUCUGGUAGGUACUCAAGGCGCAGAAGAUACUACCACUACCAACCGUCGUCGCCUUACAGUAAAACGGAGGACAUUGUGGACAUGCUGCAGCUCAUGCUAGAGUAUUCCAAGGGCGAGGAACUAGACAUGCUCAACGGCGCCGGUGAUACUUGCCUCCACACCGCCAUCAUGCAAAGGAUGGUCUCCAUCGUCAAAGUCCUUAUCGACUUCAAGCCGCAGCUCCUCUACAGGGAGAAUGCAGUUGGCCGCACGCCUGCUGAGGUGGCACAAGACAAGGUCACAGCCGACCAAUUCGCCCGACAGAUCAAACUCCAAAGCAAGCGAGGCGACAAGCUGGACGCCUGGCCCACCAAGGCUGUCAGUGAAUUUAUUACGUGCGAGACCAUUGAGGGCCUGAGCGAUGACCAGCUUCGCGAGAAGGUCGUCGAGCUUGGUCUCAGCGGCCAGUACCAACCCGCUCAAGUGGCCGCCAUCAUCGGCUUAGUCGGGCUCGAGCAGAGCAAGGAGACUCUCUCCGAUAAUACACGCAACACCGUCAUCUGGGAUCUCUGCAAGACCUGCAUGGACAAGAACCCCGGCAAACGCCGCCUCGUCAGCCUCAACGAGGCCAAUGAUGUUGCCAAGAGGCUCGGGGAGAAGCACACCGCCUCGCGAUACUUUUCUAUUCAGGGCCGUGCAGAAGACGAUGAUGAUGAAGCCGAGGAUGAUAAGGAAGAGAAGGAUACGAGAGAUUUUGCUGCCCAGCAGCUGUCCUCGAACCUGUCCAAGGCUUGGAAGAUCAACAAGUUUGUAGCCAAGGAUUUUGGUCUUGAGAAGUGUGAUGGCUGCGGUUCUUAUCACGAUUGA